CACGAACCUCAGUUGAGGCUAGGCUGUGGAUGCCGUGAGCAAAGCAGCUCUAACGAUGGGCAGGAACCGAUAGGCCCGAAUUGGUCGAGCGGAGUUCGAAGUACGGAGACUUCUGUGGUGGACUCGGAAUCGCAUAAGUUACGACCUUCCUCUCCCCCUCCUCCCAUCGCACAGCUUUUGUCGACGAGAUCCUCCAGUGUGGUCGCACAGCCCUGCUCCGCCAUACACAAACACAGCCCCAUCCGUUUUAGUGACACUGUGCAAUCGUACAAAGAGUGUAGAGCGGCAUGGAUACCCUCCUUGUUUCAGACUCACAGCCAACCGACUUCGAAGGGAGCCAGUUCGACGGCUCUCCCAACCCCGGCUCUCCAUUCGAUAGCUUUGAAUUCGCUCCCGAAUUCUCUCAUCCGGAGGCGUCCUUUCCGCACACACCCUCAUACAACGGCUCGUACCAGAACUCGCCCUACUCAAUCCUCUCCGAUCUGCCCUCAUUCGACGACGAUCAUACCAUCGGUCUUUUUGAUCCCUCGUCUACACUCAACUUAGACGAUUACGACCCAUCCAGUUACGACGCGCCCAGCUCCUCUGGUCUCUUCACGCUCGACGACAAUUUCAUGUCUGGUGACGGAUUCCCCCAAGUGUCGAUAACGCCCCCCGCCUUUGACCAGAAAAUGACAUCUAUCAUGGUUGAUCACGGUUCUCCGGCCUCGAGCAAUGGCGGUGAGGAUGACACGCGCAGCCAUGCCUCGUCGACCUCCUCAUAUCAGCCGCCCGCGUCGCCUCACCUAAAUUUCGAGAGCUUGCGCUUUGACUCGCCCGCUUUCUCGCCGGCAAAGCUGCCUUCCUCCCCUCCGUCGCAUAAAGCAUCCCCGCCACAGCUAAUGAUUCCACCCAGCCCCUCGCCUGAGCCUCCUACAAUAAAUGCUCCCUCAGGCGACGGUGUAAUGUCAUCGGGUCCUCAGCUACACAUCGUUCCGGCCACUCCCGUGAGUGGAGGAGGGGACACGGCGCAGCCGGUACUAUUCCAGACCGCGCCUGCGUCAGGUCAGUACUGCCAUUCUCAUCAAUCUCUUGACGAACCUUGAUGCAUGCCGCAUUCGUAGACGGCUCCUCGAGCCUGCAACGAUCUGACCCAGUCGGAUGGGACCGUCAGUCUCAGGUGCAGAAUUUGUCAA